UUUUGGUUGGCUUGACCCCACAAGAGCGAAAUCCGCACAGUUGCGCACUUGUACAGUAUUUAAGACAAUAAACAAUUCACAUUGAAUGACUAUGUGUCCAUAAUCAUACUUUCGGACCGCUUUCGUAAUAUCGCUUCAAUUAAACGGGCGAUAAAAUGCCGGAAAUAAAAGUAACACCGCUGGGUGCUGGACAGGAUGUUGGACGCAGCUGCAUCAUCGUCUCCAUCGGAGGCAAAAACCUCAUGCUGGACUGUGGCAUGCACAUGGGAUAUAAUGACGAUAGACGCUUCCCAGACUUCUCGUACAUCAUUCAGAAUGGGCGCUUGACAGACUAUUUGGAUUGUGUGAUCAUCAGCCAUUUCCACUUGGACCACUGUGGCGCUCUGCCCUACAUGAGCGAGAUGGUGGGGUAUGACGGGCCCAUCUACAUGACGCAUCCCACCAAGGCCAUCUGCCCCAUCCUGCUAGAAGACUUCCGCAAGAUCACCGUGGACAAAAAGGGAGAGACCAACUUCUUUACCUCGCAAAUGAUCAAGGACUGCAUGAAGAAAGUCGUCCCACUCAACUUGCACCAGACUGUCCAGGUGGAUGACGAACUGGAGAUCAAGGCAUACUACGCUGGCCAUGUUCUCGGUGCUGCCAUGGUACACAUCAAAGUGGGCUCAGAGUCGGUGGUCUACACUGGCGACUACAACAUGACACCAGACAGACAUUUGGGUGCCGCUUGGAUCGACAAGUGCCGUCCGGACCUUCUCAUCUCCGAGUCAACAUAUGCCACCACCAUACGAGACUCAAAGAGAUGCAGAGAGAGAGACUUUCUGAAGAAAGUGCACGAAUCCAUCGAACGAGGCGGAAAAGUUCUUAUCCCAGUAUUUGCCCUUGGAAGAGCCCAGGAACUCUGCAUCCUUUUGGAAACAUUUUGGGAGAGAAUGAACUUGAAGGCUCCUAUCUACUUCUCCACGGGGCUGACCGAGAAAGCCAAUCAUUAUUACAAGCUGUUCAUCACCUGGACCAACCAGAAGAUCAGGAAAACAUUUGUGCAGAGGAACAUGUUUGAAUUCAAGCACAUCAAACCCUUUGAUCGCUCGUACGCUGACAACCCGGGACCAAUGGUGGUAUUUGCAACACCAGGAAUGUUACACGCUGGACAGUCGUUGCAGAUCUUCAAGAAAUGGGCCGGCAAUGAGAAGAACAUGGUCAUCAUGCCAGGUUACUGCGUACAAGGAACAAUCGGACACAAGAUCCUGAAUGGUCAGAGGAAACUGGAGAUGGAGGGCAGAGCGACGUUGGACGUCAAGCUGCAGGUGGAGUACAUGUCCUUCAGCGCCCACGCCGACGCCAAGGGCAUCAUGCAGCUCAUCCGGAUGGCCGAACCUCGCAACAUGCUGCUCGUGCACGGUGAGGCGGUCAAGAUGGAGUUCCUCAAGGGCAAGAUCGAGCAGGAGUUCAGUAUCGACUGCUACAUGCCUGCAAACGGCGAGACAACUACAGUGACUACAAAUCCCAAAGUUCCCAUUGAUAUGUCUCUCAACCUUCUCAAGAGGGAAAUGGCACUCGGAGGGCCUUUACCCGAUCCCAAAAAACCUCGCAUCAUGCACGGAACCCUCAUCAUGAAAGAUAAUAGUCUCAAGCUGGUGUCCUCGGAACAAGCCCUUAAAGAGCUUGGACUCAACGAACAUCAGUUGCGAUUCACGUGUCGCGUGCAGCUCCAUGACCCGCACAGUGACCCUGACACGCUUCGAAAAAUAUACACACACCUCAAGAGUGUCUUGAAGGGGUACACCAUCCAACACCUUCCCGAUGGUACCGUCAUGGUGGAGUCCAUUGUCAUCAAAGUGUCAUCUUCAUCAGAGGAAGCUAAUACGAAGGUCAUCCUGCUUUCCUGGAGUUAUCAGGAUGAAGACCUUGGGAGCUUCCUUUCAACUCUGCUGAAAAAAGGGCUCCCAUCUGGACUUUGAGAAAAAGGCUAAUAACAAGUAUGGCUUUUGUUUUGUUGUCUUUAAAAAUAAAAAUAAAAAAAUGGUACAGCACAAACCUCUAAGUUAAGUCGUGUACAGAUAAUGAUGUAAUUUGACAACUUUUCAAAACUUAAACCUAACUUUACUUUGCUCACUGUAGAAUUGCUCGGAUACUUUUUCAGUGUUUUGUGCAGUUUUCUGUUUGUAGGCGGAAUGUAUCCCCCUCAAUUACUUUGUAUAUGUAAAUUUUUUUGAGAGGUGGCAACUGCCCAAUUUCAUUAUGUUUAUUUAUACACAUGAAUCCAAAACGGAAUCACUUGUUGCUAAGUAAUUAACAAGCUUUUUUUAAGCACAGUGCCUCACCCACACUGACAAAUCGCAACCCUCUUUGCACCGAAUUCAACCGUCGGUUUUUUUUACUUACCUGUGUUGUACUUACUGCGUACCUGUAUCAACUUGUUUAUUGCUUCUUUUUAUGUAAAGUGCACUGCAAUCAAAUGUAUUAUUACAGUGGCACUUUUUAAUAAUGUACACAAAUGAGGUAAAAUGCGUUUUUGCUAUACAGAGUAAAAAAAAUUAAACUUUUUUAAUGA